CAGACGCAUUCUAAACCACCAGAAAAAGAGGCUUCCCACAGUCUAGUGGAAGGGAGACCGUGUACAAAAGACCCACCCCAACAGUUACCAGCCAUUCCUAAUCUUAAAAAGAAGUCUGCACCUAGCAGGGAUAAUAGUGCCUUCUCAAAAUUACUGCACAAGAGAACAACAUCUAUUCCCAAAAUCCAGACCAUCCAGCCCCACAAGACCCUGAGCACACCAUCGGUCUGGAGGAGAUCCUCCUCUGCAACAAGAAGCCAGGCGUUUGAUACGCUACAGAUGAGUCACGCCAAGAGCGGAGCACCAAAAGACAAUCUCAUGGUUGUACUCUCUUGGGCAGAUGUGGUGAGAUUAGGUACCAAAAAACCACAAGCACACGUUGUUAUAAAACAUGGUCUUGAGAGAAGUAUAACAAAAAAGCAGAGGAGAUUAACCCCGAAGAAGCCUGCAAACCACUCACAGAAUCACUUAGCAAACUCUCCCCGCACCCUAGUGAUUGGGAGAGCUCAUAUUGAAAAAGUGACUGUGCCUGUGUGGCCCUGUAGGAUGCUGAACAACUUUGUUUUCAACCCUAAGAUGGAUAUGAAUGAGGAUUUCGCAGGAUUAGCAGACAUGUUGGAAACCACUAUCAAACAGAAAACUGCAAACGUGUCUCCUGAGAUUGUCGAUGUAGACCCCAAAAUAUUAACACCCAAUAUUUCACCUUUGAAAAAAACCUGUACAUCAAAGGAAAAUGUAUCAAUGUCACAUCUCAGCAGAAUUAAAAAAACACCAGCACUAGAUCAAAAAGUCACAUACGUGGAAGAAACAUUUGAAACUGGAUAUGUAAAGAAGGCCACAUCAAAAAUAUCUAGGAAAUGUGUAAGUAUGGCAGAACAUCGUCCAGUAAUAACAUCAGCUACAGCUACACCUGUAACAUCAAAUGCGCAGGCCAACACUUUUAACGUCAAAGGAACUACCUCUUUAAAAAUAAAAUCAAAUAAAGAGCCAUCUGUCACUGAUCAGCCAAGAAUUUCCUCACCAAAUGAAGAGCACUCUCGGACGGGAGCCAACAAAAUAAGUCUAAAGCCAGGUGGUGUGUCUGUAGAUGUGCAGGCUGCCCCAGGAACUGUAACACCAAAUUACAUCAAUGAACCAGGAGGCAUGAAGAAAGUCAUAAGAACCCCAGAGGGAAAAACAAAAACAGAAGACCUAACUGGCCUCAGAGUGCCUAUGGCAACUCCAACAUCAAUGGCGGCAGAACUGAAAGUAGACAAAGAAAACAAAGUGGCAGAGUCUGCUGUGGAUGAUGCAAAUUCUGUUCAGGAAAAUCUUGGGACAACCCCAAAGGAAACUGAAAUCCAAAAGAAGCUGAUGAGGACAGCAGAGCAGCAAACUGAGGCAGAGGAUCUCCCCAAGCAGCUCAUGAAGACUCCUAAACUAAAAUGUGGCUCCGUGGAGCAUCUGACAACAGUGGUCAAGAGACCGAUGAGAACUCCUAAGGACAAAUUGGAAGUAGGGGAGGAGGAGGUGGGUGGCAAUGAAAGAUCAAUGAUGAGUUCGCCUAAGGAAAAAAGCAACCAAAAUAUGAACAUUAGGCCACCUCUUAGGCAGAAAGGGCCAUCUGAAGAUCUGGUAGGCCUCAAAUAUAACAGAAAUCAACCUGCGCAUAUUCAAAAGAAAAACACAGAAGAGCAGGCAUGCCUCAAAGAGCUUAGGAUGACUAUUCCAAAGCAAAUCCAAAACUGAAGCAUAAACAAGUCCCUCCUAAUAAAACAAGUACAGAAAUAUGGAUCAGUAGAAGAUCUGACCACCACCAGGAGACUGAUAAGAAUGCCUGAGGAAAAGUGAGAACAUUUAAUAGAAGAUGUGAAAGUUGUCAAGAAGUCUGGUAAAACAUCACAGAAAAAAUGUGAUCCAGAAUACUCAAUGAAUGAAAGACCCAAAAUACAACUAAUA